AUGACUUAUGAGGAAGUUAAGGAUUUAGUCUACGAAUUGAAAUAUUACGAGAAUCAUGAUUCUGAGGAUGAAGAAAUUAGUGAUAGUUCAACCUUUGAAGGAAAACUCGAGGAACUUCCAAAUACAAUCGAAAUAGUUCCCUGA